GUCGGCCUUGGUAAAACCACAGUCUGGCCAGAAUGAGACGUGACACCCCGUAGACAUGAUAAUGUCAGUGAUUUUCGUCCUCUUGCUGGCGACAAAGUCCAGCUGCUCUUGAUGCUCCAAUUCUGCCCUUCUAGCUUUUCAGCACUGAUCUGCCCAAGGAUGUUCAACACCGCCCUAGCGAAAGCAAGCAUCGUCGUGGCCUUGUUGGUCUUUGGACUGGCCGUCAAUGUCUACCACAGUAGCCCAAUUCUCUUCGAAACCGUUACCCAUCCGCUUUCCCCUGAACAGGACCACGACGACUCACCGUACUUCAACUCUUCCAUCCACAGAAAGCUGUUUUCGCUGUCAACACCUGACCGCGAGUAUUUCGACAUCGACUUUGGAGAUUAUGGCGCGUACAAUCCCAACAUCAUUCCUCACCCUACCAGAUCAGACGCCUACCUUGUUUUCGCCUCUGGACAGACUAAUCAGGACAAUACGAAACACACAGCAGUAGUCUGCACUGCUUCAUUCGUUGAUGGUUCACUCAGAUGCGAGAACAAACCUAGCGUAGUGCCUGUUAAAAGGACGGAUGGUCACUGCGAGGGCGACCUCACGUAUUUCAACUGGAAGCCCGGACCACGUGAUUCCCGUGUCCUUUGGGGCCCUGACAGGCCAUACAUCGUGUACAACACCCUGGCCACUCACAGCUGCUUGGGGUUGUAUGUUCAGGACCUGGGCGCAUUGAUUCCUGAAUUCUCCGUGGACGGCCAAGAGGACCAAAUCUUCCACAAUGGCACCGAAAUGCAACGACCACCCCCGACCGAGGUGAUGCAAAAGAACUGGUUCUUGUUUUGGGAUGCUCAAAACCAGAUCCAUGUCCACCAAGACACCUAUCCCAACCGGACGUAUACCCGGCUUGCUCCUGAUGGAUCCGUUGGGCCUGAUCUGUCCACAGAAGCUCGGCAGUCUGACACGGCCUGUCUGGCCAAGUAUGUGCCAGAACUUCAUGUUGAGGGUUGGGAACACAUACACCAGGCGACCAACUCACUUAUGGUAACGCUGUGCAAGCGAUCCGACCCAAGCUGUUCCCCGAGCGACGAGAAUACCUUCAUCAUGACCAUCUUCCAGCACAAGACAUACUUUGAGUACCAUCCGGAAUACUAUCCGUACGUGAUGCUCUUCCGACGUGGUUCGCCUUUCGCUGUGCACGCCAUUUCCGAGAAGUCGCUCUGGAUACAUGGGAAGACCCCGAUCACAAACGAGACUGCGGCUGCCUCCUUGAUCCUCAACGGCAAGGUCCUGCCCCAGGAUCUGAUGUUUUAUGUGACCAGCAUGAGCUGGAAAACCCACGGCCAGCGAUAUCACGGUUAUAUCGACGAUCCUCUUUUUCUCGGCAUUGGGAUCGAGGACACCACGUCGGCGGGGAUGGACGUCCUGGCUGGCGACUUGCUGAGGGACCUGGGGUAUUGUGCAAGCGCCGACGCCUGAACAGCCACGUUGCUUGAUAGCACAAGACAAGUCCGUCUACCUAGCGUGGUAUUGGUCGACCAAUCUCUUGCCGUCUUGGGCAGGCGACUUCUCAAGAGUAGCCCGCUCUUGAUCGUCCAGAAGUUAUCUGUCCGGUUGUUGUGGCUGUAACUACGGUCGACUCCAGCCUCGUCAACAAAGGCUACUCCGCAUCGUCUUUCCGGCUUCCAGUCAUUCUCUUACGAGCCUUGACAAGGACACACAUUGCGUCGGCCUUUCCGUGUUUGAGGAAAGUAUGGAAGCAAUGUCAUCACCAUCAAGUCCAGUGCCACGGAGCCAUAUUAACACGUCGAAAUCGAUGAAGGGCCGAGCGAGUAGUCUCACGGGAGCAACGACUGCGGCUGUAAAGGAGCCGUCGCCAUCCGACGCGGAAGGUAGGACUGUACGCGAGACCAACGCCCAAGACUGUGCUGCUCCACUAUCUUGUAACCUGGUCUAGAUCGCAAUAAGUCUAACGCCGAGUGGCUUCGUGGGCUUUAGAACUGGUUGAGAACUGGAGCAUUGCAACAUGCUGCGAGUUACAAUAACUGUUGUCAGACGCACCAGUGCAUAAGCGGUUUGCGGCUUCGGGUGGUGGAGGUGCAAAUACGAUCGUGGAGUGUUUGGAAACCUUGGGUGAGCAACUCAAGUCCAGUCACCGUGCUCAGAGCAGGGUCGGCGUUAAUUGCAGCUUUACGCGUCGAUGAAACGCUCCUGGCCUGCUUCGUUUGUGCAGAUAUGAUAUGCUCAAUUAUGCCCUACCAGGACGAAGAGGCUGAGUAUGUUGAAGUACAAUUGAACUGCAGUGACUACCACUGGUUCUGAACUAUCAUGUGUUGACGAGAUGGCCAAUCAAUAAGGAGACCUUUUCUUUUCCCAGCCUCAAGCAUCACCCUCUAAUAUUGUAUCCUAGUCCGCUUCAACAAGCUUUGC